AUGGAAGUGCGUUGCCACCACUGCAAUGCUUUGAUGUUUAUUGGAGAGCAUACAGGAGGAACAAUGAACAAUCCCAGUUUUGGUAUAUGCUGUAAAUCAGGAAUGAUAAAAAUUGAAAAUAUCCCUGAGUUACCGAAUGAACUUGCCGAUCUCUUUCUUUCUAAUACUCCUGAAGCAAAAUAUUUCAAACGUAAUAUUCGAAGGUUCAACAGCGCAAUGGUAAUGUGUUCUAUAUCACAAACCUUAAUUGGAAAUGAUUCUUAUCCACAAUAUCGUCACCAAAACCCUCGAGAUGGUAGCUUCAAAGCUUCAACACGUACUGGAAAUAGAGAAAUUGCUGCUGAUAACCGUUAUGUAGUUCCUUAUAAUGCGUGGUUGUUGCAGAAGUACGAGGCGCAUAUUAAUCUUGAAUGGUGUGCAUCUAUUAAGGCUGUGAAAUAUCUUUACAAGUACAUUUUCAAAGGUGUUGACCAUGCAACAGUUUCUUUACACAGACAAGAAGACAGCGUGCGUCAUAAUGUCGGCAAUGAAAAUCAAAUGGAUGAAAUUUCGAAUUACGAAAAUUGCCGCUAUACUGGAGCGUCGGAGGCUUGCUGGAGAUUAUUUGAGCUUCCAAUUCAUCAACAAAGGCAGCCUGAUAUUGAAUGCUUGCCGAUACACUUGCCAGAUCAACAGAUGACAGUGUUUAAUCCAAAUCAUGUACAAGAAGCUUUAGCAAACAAUAGAUCGACCAAAUUGACAGCAUAUUUAAAGAUGAAUGAAGGAGAUCCCCUAGCAAAAGAUAUCCUCUAUUGUGACUUUCCACAACAUUAUACUUGA